CCGUUCUCCCAUGAGGACUUUUUAACAGAUAGGAAGUGAUAACUCUUGUUUCUUUAAUAGACUUUGACAUCGACAAAGACUGAGCACUAGCUUCUUUGAGCUACUCAAUAAAGUGACAGAGGCGCCUUACAAUGAAGCUGGAGGUUUUCUCAGCGAGUCGUCUUGUGGACAAGCCGCUGGACCUGUGCAGUGACAUGGAUGUGAACGUGUCUUCACCGCUGUCCACGGAGGAGGAAUUGGGCUCGGAUGGAGACUGUUCAGCCAACAGCCCAGGACCAAGUGCCCCCGUUUCGGACGGGAAGGCGAAACCAUACACGCGUAGACCCAAACCCCCAUACUCCUACAUCGCGCUCAUUGCUAUGGCCAUACGCGAUUCCAACACCGGCCGCCUCACACUUGCAGAAAUAAACGAGUACUUAAUGAAAAAAUUCCCGUUCUUUCGGGGCAGCUACACGGGGUGGCGCAACUCCGUGCGGCAUAACUUGUCAUUAAACGACUGCUUUUUAAAAGUGCUGCGAGACCCCUCGCGUCCGUGGGGAAAAGACAACUACUGGAUGUUGAACCCACACAGUGAAUACACUUUCGCAGACGGCGUUUUCCGCCGCAGGAGGAAGCGCAUCAGCAAGAAGACCCUGAGCACUUCGGAAUCUCAAGAGCGCGAUGACAACCGGCUCCCAGCGCGCGACGAAACCUCCAAGUUCUCCAGUUCCUUCGCCAUAGACAGCAUCCUCAGUAAACCGUUCACGCGGAGGGAGCAGAGCACAGAGGACACGUGUUUUGGUACCAGGCUAAUGCUGUCAGCGGCUCCGCACUUUCUGCCGGUCGUCAUGGGCUAUCCGCCGCAGACCGGAUUCCAGGUCAGUUCUGAGGGGUCGAGCGCCUUUCCGAUCUACAGGUGUAACACGGAACACAUUACUAACAUCAGUCGAAUGCCGGACAUACCGAAUUCCCUUCCGGGGUUGGCACACUCCCACACUACUGUACGAGAGACUGGAUAUCACCCAUUCAGAAUAGAGUCUCUUCUGUCAUGAGAUGAGAAGUGAACAAGCCUGUUGAUCUGCAGACAUCCGCACGCUUAAACGCAAUGUCUUUGGUGUUUGACACACCAGUCAUGUGCACUUUCCUCUGUUUUAGGUGGUGUGUUUUAGGCCUAUGUGUGUUUUCGUGAUUUAAAUUACUGCAGUGCUGCAUGUCUGUUGUUCAGAUGUCUUCUUAGAUGAAUCAUUGUCGCGCCAGUGCAGUGUUUACUGAUUCCAUUUCCAUUUCUUGUAAACGAUGGCAUAACCAUGCCAGUAAUUAUGGACAGAAAUAUGUAUUUAAAUGUAGUCUACUUCUUUGAAAGAUUGUUUUGGGUUACACUUGUACGGUGUUUUAUGUCUGUGUAAAUAUGAUGGUUUAUUUAGAGCUGUGCUCAGUUGGACAACAUAUGCAGUUGUACUUUCGUUAAUAAAAGAAAAUAUGAAAGAUA